UUCGGGAGACCAAACUUCCCUUUCAGCUCCAAUUCCGUCAUUACCGACAUAUACGUCGUCAAGGUCCCCGAUGCAGAGAUUUGCCAGUCAUCGACUCGGACGAUUGGCUGCACCACUUGCGGCUAACAUACACCCUCUAAUCGUUGAUCUCAUGAAUGAGAUCCACCACCUACUCACGAUCCCUUACUGCUUGAUCGCGCGACAACACAAGUUAUCAGUCUGCGCAUGGGCCCACAGUUAUAUUGCCUUAUCCUGUUUGUUGUCUUUUCUAAACAACGCAGAGGACGUCCACUCGCUCCUCGUGAAGCCAAACAGACCAGUUCGCUAGAUGACCGACAGUUUCACAUUCCGUUUCGUAUAUUCAGCACACUCAUAUGUGCGCUCGUAGCUCUCAAGUGUUCGAGAGUACCACAGGAGAUCAUGACACACAGUCGGUUCACUUGCCCGCCCUCAGGACCUUUCGCAGAUGCAGAUGCACAGAACUAAGAUGACGCAUUCUCGAUCACAGAAAACAGUCACUCCCAUUUUCGAAACACCUUCAGAGCAGAAUUAGAUUUUGCAAAACAAUUACGUAACAAUUCAGUCUAACAGAGUA